UUGCAUCGGCCGUCACAGACUUUACAGAUAGCAGGAAGCCGGGAGGGCACCCAGAGGGGCGACUAACGCAGCAGCAGCAGCAGCGACAUAAAUCACAGUAAAAAAACGGCCUUUCCUACACCGGUCAAAACCUGAACGCAUCUGUCCUUCAGCACAAUAAGUACCAAUAAAUUCCUCCGCAGCAGCACUGUAUUUGCUCUUUAGCCUCUCGGCUGUGCAAAGCUCUGUUAAUUCCAGUGCCGGAGCGGUUCAGUCGGUCACAGCAUGGCACAUUCUUUCUGUUGCCACUGGAGAACUUUUUCUCUCAAACAGGAUAACCUGUCUGUAUGGGAGAGAGAGAGGGGGGAGACGGGGGCUGGGUGAGUCGUCUAUAAAGGCCUCUACUCAACUCACCAUCCAACCCCUGUGGAUGAUCAGUGAGCCCUCUCCACGACAAGAAACACACUCUGAGGCCUGCACAAAACGCCACUGACACACCCCAGCGGAGGCCACAAAGAGCCCGAUUUAACUCGAACCAAAACUAGAGAGAUGGAGUCAUCACCGCUUCGUUUUUCCAUAAGAUAGCGGCCAGAAAGGGCGACCUGUCUGUGUUUACACGGAGGGAGGGAGGGAGAACAUAUUUGGAUGAUGUAACAAACGCCGUUCUGACUGUUAAAAUUGUCAUUGAAAAAGUGAAUUUUUGGGCUCAUUUUGUAUCGAUCAGUUAAUUAGAUAUCCUGAUGAAUCACUAAAUUAUCGUCCUGCAAAUAAUCAAUCAUCACACACUGAUAUCGUGAGGGAUGCACCGUGCCUACUAUUAGUUUUAUGCAGUUUGGACCUUUCAUUUGUUAAAUCUGGUCAAAGGAAUAUAAAUGGCCAUAAAAACAUGUCUAGUCUGAAAUCAUUGGUGUUAAAGACUAAUUCAUGCUUUUAUUUUGACAGAUUUGGAAGUUUUGCAGCAUGAUAUCUGAUUGUAAAGCACUCCUUUGCAAGAAUUCACCUGUUACUUUAUUUGUGACUGUCUAUUUGUUUGAGAAAGAAGAAAACUCAAAUGAUAACUAAACUUUAACUAAAACACACUCAGUUAUGUGCCUGCUGUCUGUUUCAGAAACUUCAACAUACUUCCAUGUUGAAGUUUGUGCAUAUAAGCUGUCGUUGCGUUGCAAACUGUGCAAAUUUCUGCUGAUAUUUCUACGAUAAUAAUCUUUUGAUACUUUUGAUAAUACCGUGUAUCCUUGGUAUGUUUAUGUGCAGGUAAAAUAAGAUAAGUGAGCGUCACCAAUCAGUGACUUCAAACCAAAACUGUAUUUUCGCACCUUAAAACGUCCGCUCCACUUUCAGUUUGAUUGUGUUUCAUCUAUUCUUGUGUUGAUACAACCGAAUCGCCGCUUUACAGCCUGUACAUGUCAGAAUCAUGACCCCCACUGUCUUCACUUCUAGUAUCCAAGAAAUGAUUGUAAACGAUGUGCAUUGUUAUCUCCUUUUUAUUUUCUGUGACAGAGCCAUUCUUCAACUGUUGAGGAGGGGGGGUCACUAUGGAAACAAACCCCAUGGCGAGUUAGUGGCGUCCAACCAUGAUGGUGCUACUUGUCAUAGCUGUCGUGCCUGCAAGUGACACUGCAGCAGUGGGGCAGUGGGGGAAACCAAGAAAGAAAAAACUAAAUUUAGUUUGACUCCUCCAUCAAACGGCUGCUAAUUUUGGAUUUUAUAAUAAGAGAAAGAAAAUCUCAUUUCCUUACAAGUUGGCUCAAGAUUUUUUUUGGUCUCCCGCACCUCCAUUCACCCUCCAAAGACUCGAGAAAAGUGCACAAAAGGGGAGAAGAAGAAGAAAUAGCCUCCCCUCAUUUCAAUACAGUGACUAACCCGCAGCCAUCACCACUCCCACAGAGGAGGGAGGCGGGGGCAGUGGUCCCUAUGGCGACCAACGGGCCACAUUGUUCCCAGACCGGCCCACAUUCAUUACUGACAAAAAGACACACACACACACACACACGCACACACACACACUGCAACACAGGCGAUUAAUACAUUUCAAGUUAGGAUAUUCGCACAGGUGAAAGAGGCUGAAUGUGUCAUCGCCGUCUAAAAUCUCAGCGCUCCUCUCCCUGAGUCGGUUUGUUGCUGCUUUCACACCUUCGCGGUUUCAGGUUGCAUUUUCUGCCUCCAACUGAGAAAACUUUUUUUCUUUUUUAAGGGGACGAUUCUGCCUCUUGGGACCGAGCGGAAAAGAAGCAGUAAGAGGGCUUUAGUUCAGAGACAAAAUCAGAGGGUGUCAGUGAGAGCCACCCUCAUCCGGUUCCCCUUGUUUCUAUGGAAAACGACACUGGCGAGCGUUUUCUUGAGCCGAAAAGAGAGGUCACGAAAGUGCUCCCAUCAUGUGUGGCGGCGGUUUCAGAAAACAUCAGUAAAGUGGAACCUCAGUAAAUAUACAAAAAAAAAAAUGCAGCAAUGUUACACCUCUCUGGCGGAUUAUCGGAAAAUCCACUAAUCAAACACUGAGCAAUGGGAUUAGCCGCUGGUGGGAAGUAAAUACAGAGAACUCACUGUUUUUGAGUCCAACUCGUGCCUGGUUUGGGCCAGAACUUUAUCCACGCCAGCCUGAUCAACAAAGGUAACGAAUCCAAACCCUCUGCAGGCACCGGGAUGAGCAGAAGAGAGAGAGAGAGAGAGAGAGAGAGAGUAUUAAUGACAGAGAAACUGAUGUUGACAUGUAAUGAUACGUUAUGAGCAGAGAGGAAUCACGGAGGUCAGAUAAACUUUCAGCUCCAGCGGAGGAGCCAGGCAGAUCCCCUCACCUCGAGCGCUUAGUAACCGGAUCUCGCAUCACCAUACACUCCUUCACCUCGCCGUAUUUGCAGAAGUACUCCUUCAGACCCUCUGGAGAGGAAAACACAGACAGAUGAAACAUUAAUAAACAAGAAAUAACAACUUUGUAGACGGAAACUCACAACUCCAACUUUUUCACUCUGCUGUGAUUUCCCGCACAAGAGUUCACACACUUUUCUACCAAAUUAACACGUGAAAUACUCACUGAUUGGAGCUCAAUAUAAAUCAAUCAUUCUUGGUUAUAACAACAAUAAUAAAUACAUGAUUUAUUCUGUUAUUUCUGGAUUAUUAAUCAAGUUUAAAAGAAUCACUCAUUCAUCAUAUAGCGGUUCUGAAUGGCUGCAUUCAUUCUGGAGCAGGUUUCAUAUUCAAAUCUCUAAAAAAGCCAAAACAAAUAAACAAAUUUUGUGUAAACAAAAUUAGCUUUUUCACAAAUAAGUUAUAAAUCAGUCCCUCUGGUUCAUGUCUGGACUUUUCAACACACAUGGGCGAUUUUUAGGAGUGUGAAAUAGUUGUAGAAAACAGAUUUACCUUGUGUGGUUUGCCAGCUGAGUCCACCUAUGAACAUUUUGCUGUGAAAAAAAGAGGAAAAUUAAAGUGAAGGUGAAUAAAUGUACUUUAAAAUGAGUUAAUAUGCUGUAAAAACCUUCUUAUUGAGCUUUUAAAGGAGUUAGGAGGAGAGUUAGAGAGUGUAUCUGAUUUUACAUGAAGGCUGCCAGUGUGGAGGUGUGUGUGUGUGUGUGUGUCCCAGUGCAGAAUACCAGGUUUGUUCCUGAGGUGAGUGUGUGUGAGAGUGUGUGUGUUUUUUAGAGAGGUAGGAAAAAGUAAAAAAAGCAAAAGUUUUCCUUACCAGGGGUCGUGAGGGGAGUCCGUGCUGGACAGGCUGCUCUGGCUCCCUUCCGUCUCCAUUCCGCGUCCUCGCCGUGUGUGUGUGAGUGUGUGAGUGAGUCUGCGUGUGACUGCUGCGGUGUGUGUCCGAGCCGAGCCGAGCCGUGAGGCGGAGAGAGAGAGAGAGAGAGAGGGGAGCUGGGCGGGUUUGGCCCGGGGUGACAGAGAGGGGAGCGGGCCAGAUGCAGGCUGGGACAGACUCCACCUCCUCCUCCACCUCCUCCUCCAGUCAGUCAGUCAGGACCCGCUGCUGUCCCUCUCUCAUCCCACCACCACCACCGAGGAGGAGACACGAGGAGGCUCCAGGGGGAAAGAAACAGCCGGUAACCGCAGAGCUUCCGCUCUACCCUUUCAAAAUAAAACAGUCAAGAAUUAGAAGCACCUGUCGGGGUUGACAACUGAUAUCAAGUAAAAGUGUCGAUAGAAGUUUCAAACUUGUGAAAAAAAACUCCUCACAGGAGCUUUCAGACUUUUUUAACUAAUUUGAAAAUUUACUUUAAGUCCCACGAGAUCAGGUGUUGAAUCAGUUGGCAUACAUGUUAUCGAUAUUUUGGUUUUGGAUUGGUAAGUUUGUGUUUUCCUUCUCCAAAGCAAUAUCUCCAGCAAAAUUUAUGACUAACAUCAUUAAUGCAUUAAGCUUUAGCUGCUUAAUAUAGCCAAAAUAAAAGCCUCAUGUUACUUGUGCCUCUGUAAAUUCAGCUUUCCUGUAUUAACAAAUUGAAUAUGCUACUUUAAUUGUGUCCAGGUUGCCAAUAUUAAGUUAUCAGCCAAUCCACAAUUUUAACAGACUAAAAUCAGGCCUGUGCGACUUUAAAUACAGAAUCCCAAAGAAACAGCUUAUAAGAUGGUCUUCAAAAGUUUGCUGGGAGCUGAUCAUGAUUGAUCACAUCUUUUGUGCACUAGUGAUCCAUGGCAAAAAGCAGGUGCACUUUUUAGUUUUUGGGCCCCUCAGUUUUUCCAGAUGCUAAAGGAUCCAUCCAUGGCUCUUAGUGUGCAAAACAAAAUCCACUUUUUCAGUCCUGUUGUAAUCCUUUAAUGCCUCAAACCACAGGUUAGGACCAGAAAAUUCAUUUUUUUAGCUGAAAUGUUCAUUUCACUUACUACUGCAAACCAAAACAAUCGAAAUGUCCUUAAAAUUUAACAAAUAUAUUUAUUCAUCUCUUUUGAUACAUCAGAUGUUUUUAGAAUCUAACAAACUAAAAGAGGACAUUUUUAUCAUUUAUUGGACUGUAUUCAGGUUUUUUUGUUUUUUUUUUAAAUAAUUUGUUGAUCAUAUUGUUUGACAGAAGUUUAUAUAAGUAUAUAAAAGUAUAUAUCACAUAUGAUACAAAAUGCAUUAAAGGGUUUUUAAGGUACACACUUUUUGGGGUAAGUUACAUAAUAAAUUAAGAAAGCCCAACUUUCAUAUUAAAGCUACAAAUAAAGAAAUAUUACUCAAUAUACUGCUACUAAACUGAACUGUACUUUAUCGUUAAACACUGUAUUGUUAGAGUUUAACAUUAGAGGCACCAAAAGCGACUUAAACCAAGUUUCUCACUUUUUUUCUAAGUUACUGCACUUUUAUUUUGAAGGUAAAACGUUUACACUUCCGGAGUUUUCUCCCUACAGAUAAGAAACUUGACAGAAUUUCUGUUUAAGUUAAGAAAAGUGUGAAAGGAACACAUUUUAGAGACAAUGACACAUUUUAAUGGAUCUCUUCAUUGGUUUUAAGAAGAUUUUAUCGUCAGUUUUAACUUUAAAUUUGUGGAAAGGGUUCAAUACAAGUUAAUUAUCAUGUUACUUAAGUCUUGUGCUGUUUGGAAAGUUAACACAAAAGACACAGCUGGUAACAACAGAAUCAGGAUUUGUUGUAAACUGAAUAAAAAGUGUUUUUUUUUCCUUACUGCUAAUAUCAUAAUCACUCUUAAGGUUUCUAGAUGACAGCUUCUAGUUUUUCAGCACUUUGUCUCCUGAUUUUUCCACUUCCACCAACUUUAAGUUGCUUCUUUUGUGACUUUCUUCUGUGUUUUACCUCUUACAAUGUAUUUUUCUGUCUAAACUCCCCUCACGUAUUUUAAAGCAGCUCAUGCAUUGUGUUAAAACAGGAGGUUUGUGUGCUCAUUCAUUGCUGAGGGUUUAAGUAUUUAAUUAGUACCAAAGCCAGCUCCGGCUAAUCUUCUCAACACUGACUCAACAUGUGACCUGGUAACCAACGUGAAGGCCAAUCAAUAGCCCGAGCUGCUCAAAGACAAUGACAGCUUUGACUUACAGUGGGUGUAAAAUGGACACCGGCCCACCACAGGCUGGAGUUUGAUGCAAACUUUUUGGGCUGUGAAGUUGAGGGAAAAGUUUAUUUUUUUGUGCAAACUAACUCUAAACUUGAAGUGUGAUUUUGGGAUAGUUUUCUUGAGGUACUUUAUGGUCACUGCGUGCACACAGGCCUCCUCUAUAUCCUCUACAGACGAGAAGAUGAAGCUCUAGAAGUGGGACGGGGGGCUAUUUGGACAGGAAUUAAGGGGUGUGUUAAAUUUCUGCAUGCAUGAUCAAUGGGGUUGAAUGGCGUGGACGGGGAUGGGGGACACCAGGCCGAGGCAGAGACAGAGGGCGAGUGAGCGGCGAGAACACAGACAGCAAUGGCUCACUAAUGAGACAUGGACAGUGUGGAUUGUAUCUCAUUACCAAUCAACACAGCUUUGAGUUCUCCGGAGAGGGGAAAUGCAUGUGGUCCAUUUUGAUAAACCCAGCCUGUGUGCUGCAGCAUUAGUCACGGCCGUAUCUGAGCUGCUGGAAACCCGCACACAUUGCCCUCUGUCCGUUUUGGUGAGGAGUUUUCUCUGAAUAGUACAAUGGGACUUAAUUACAGGUCAGUGGCAUGUCUCAGGGAGAUAGAGAGAGCUCUGUUACGCGUCCAAAUACAGUAUAAUGCCAUCUUCCCAAGGGUGGGGCGGGGUAACAAGAGCCCCACACAAAAAGGUGCUGAUAGGCUGAACCUGAGAAUGGUAUAAGGUGAUCCCGGCAGAGAAAGUGAGCGUUUUACACUGAAAGGGGGAGAAAAGAUAAAGGACUACAUUAACUCUCAAAGGUUUUCUCCCAUUCAGUCUGCCCUCUUUCCUUUUUCACUCCGCUUACCAUGACCUAUACUUCCUCUGAACUUUCUAAAACUCAGACAACUUUGAAAACUCUGAUGCAUCUUUUUUAGUUUUGGCUCAAAAGACUUAAAACAGUUUCUGUUUUUACACUUUUAUAAUAUCAAACUACUUUCCUCUUAAAACAAAAUGUUUUAUCAGGACUUGACACUAACUUUUGAAAAACUUGUUGAAAAAGUAAGGAGCACACAAAGAACUUUAGGGGCACAAUAAAAAUUGAUCAAAUAAUGUGUGUCUUAUUGGUCGACUUAAGUACUAUUAUUUGAAAUCAAUUUUAGGUCAAUUGGUCACAUGACAUGGAAGCUAUUGAAGGAAAACAGACUUUUUUGAGAACAUCAACCAGUAAUUUAUUGAUGGUCCCUUAUUCAAAACCCGACGUUGACAGCGAGGGUGCCGAGUAGAUUUAACUGCGAUGCUGUUGCAAUUCCCGGUUAUAAAGAGUGAGAAGACACCGGUAGAUCCGCUGUGAAUGUCCGUCGAAUAUCCAACCUAAAACUAACUUCACUGCGGUAUUUACAUGAAAAAAAUAAUUGAUUUCUCUGAACGGCUGAUUUUUUUAUGCGCACAUAUGCCCCUAAAUGCAUUUUACAAUUCGCACACAUCUAUUUUUAGUUACAAAUGUGAGUGAAACGGUUGCACUGUCGAGCCCUGUGAAACAGUUUCUGUUUUCACUUCUAUAAUAUUAAACUACUUAAAACUAAAUUUGUUUUAUGAUAACUAAAUAUCAGUUUAUUUGCUCAAAGGUUCAGUCAAUGGAAACGAGAAUAUUUAGUAACUCCAGACAGAUUCUCGAUUGAAAAACGUUUUCUUGCUCACCCCUAGAUACCCUUAGAGGACAAGAAGCUCCUGUAAUGCAUCAGGGCUCUAGUUUUGGUCUCCUCUAAUUUACUGUUUCCAUGUUUCCUCUUUGCCUAAUCCUGCAAAGGUAUGGUAUAAACUUUCGCUGUUACGCAGAUGACAUUCAUUUCUCUCCUUUCUCACUUUUAUGACCGAAAUCCAAACCGGAUGACUGAAACCUACAGCUGAAUGACUCCAAAUCUGAAGUUAUUAUCGUUAACUCUUCUGGUUGUAGCUCUAGCUACAUCAAUAAUCUCUCCUCUAGUCUGGUUGUUUGUGAGGCGGUCUGAAACCUCAGGUCCUUCUUGAAUCCAACUUUUCCUCCGACACCCAGGUGACCAAACUUAGAGACUGAACUACAGUCAGGUCAUCCCUUUCCUCUGCUGACUUAAACCACAGUCAGUCGAGCAUUUAUUCCUUUAAAACUGAAUUUCUGUUAUUGCACUUUUUUUUCCUGCAUCAGCAAGCAAGAUAUCCAAAGACAGCAAUUAAUUCAAAAGGCUGCUGCUGCGAGGCUCUUAACACGUAACGCCUGUGCUCACUGCCCUUAACUGGCUCCCUCAGUUAGAAAUUGACUUUAAAGAUUUUAUCGCAAGUUUUUAAAGCCUUAAAUAGCCAAGAUCCAGCCUUUAACUAGGACCCUUUAACUCUCCAUGAGCCUGACUGCAGCAUGAGGUCCUCUAGCAGGGCCGGUUACGACCUUUGGACUGUGAAAAUCUUGUUUUAAAGAAAAUCCAGAUAUCUAAUCGAUUACUUUUAAAUGAUAAAUUCAGGACUUUUACUUGUGUUUUGAGUAUUAGUGUAUUUACACGUGUGUUUCUUUGGCCACUGCAGAUGUAAAGGAGCCUCAAGGAGAGAUAAACAGCACUGAUUGAUGAAAAAACGAUUAAAUUGAUGAAAUAUGGAAACAUCGGUUUCUGCCGAUACACUAACCUGCAUGCAGAAACUUAUACACCAAAACUGAUGUGUUAAUUUUUAGUUCCCAGCAAGUUUUCAAGUUUGGUUUUCCUGUUCCUGAGAUGUUGAGAUGAUAACAUGAAGCAGCGGCGCUCCCUAGUGGCACAAAGGAGACAUUAAAAUACAGAUUCUGUUUCGGUUCAGCUGAUCUAAUAUUGAUCAUUUCCUUUAUGAGAUUCAAGGUAACACACUCGAGUAUUUACACUUAAAUAACUAGAACUUUAAUGAAAGAGUAAAAGGAGCUUUUAGAGGAUGUUUGUGUUUGUUUUAAGUUGAAAUCAGAAAUGUUCCCGUCUAUGAAGCCCGACUCUCUGAUGUGUUUUUUUACUUCUUCUUUGAGAUCUCUGCAGCCCUUCAGUCAACAGUAACAUCCCUCCACUUGAACGUAUUGUUUUUAAGUUGCACUUUGGUCCCUGUUGGGGACUGAGGGAGAGGGGACAAAGUUCACAGGGCUCAUGUAAGGAGGAGGGGGUGAACAGGAGGGAGAGGGAAAAAAAAAAAAAGAAAAAUUGACCUUUGAAAGCAAAACAGCAGGUGGAGAACAAAAACCAGGCAGCUCAGGACACAUCGAGAGGAAAUUCAACACAGGAAAAAUGAAAGUAAAUGUUCUCCUCAGCUGAAGAGGGACUACAGGAGCAGUGAGGCCAAAUGCUCCCCGUCCAGCAAUCGUCUGAGUGACUAAGUGCACAGAGAGCAGUGUCUGUUUGCCAGACAGCAGCAGCAGCAAGGUAAGCCACCAGAGUCAUGGAGGACAGGGUGGAAGAGAGGGCCAAGUCCAGACCCAGCCGUCUGACCGCCCUGCAGGAGCAGCUGAUCUGGGCUCUGCUGGGAUCAGGACUGUCUCGAGAUGUCCUGGUCCAAGCCUUGGGGGAGCUAGAGCGAGACAGGGCGAGCGCCGGCGCCGAGAGGGUGGAGAGGGGGGAUGGAGAGAGCUCCGAGGAGGGAGAAAUGGAUUUCCCACCGCCCAUAUUCCGAGAGCUGGAGAAGCUUUCCCCCGAGGAGGCGGCCAAAAUGAGGGCUGAAGUUGAUCAACUACUGCAGUGAGUAGAUCCAAACAAGAUCAACAGAAAAAAGAACCUAAAUCUCUGACUACUGACUGUCUUUUUCCAGAAAAUAGGACCAAAAUAAACCUCUCUGCUCUCAAACUCUUCACCUGAUAACAUCCCCUCUUUACCUUUAUUCUCCUUAAGCUUCAAUCCCCCUCUCUCCUCACCAAAUCCUCCCUCCUUCUCUUGCGUCUCUGCUUGUCUCUCUCACUGCAAUCUGGCCUCUGAGGCGAAUUUAAAGAGGGUUCCUCCUUUGCUGGUUACUAAUUACCCGACCCCAUCAUUAUUCUGUGGCCAUUUCUUAAUAAAUAAGCGACAUGCAGAGGUGAAGAUUAAUGGAGCAGGGCUGGACAUGUGCGGCUGUGUUUACAUAAUGCAUGAGUGAUAUAUUCACCUGGAAGUUUUAGGUCUGUUUCAUCAUAUUUGGAUUCACUUUGUCACAUUUUACCAAGAAUUUUUAGUGAAUUAUAGUUUAAUAAAAGUGUGAAUUUGUUAAAAAUCACAUUCACAUACAUUUCUUUUCUCAAAAUCAUGUCUAAAUCUGCCUCUGUGCUGACUAAAAAGGCGGUAAAAUCACAGAUUUUUGAGCUGUUGUGUAUUUUUUCAGUUUUCAACAUGGCUGUUAAGAGCGUUAAAUUAGGCCUCAUAAACCUUUCACAGGUUUUUUCCCCUCCACUGAUCUAAAAGGGCUGGACUUUGCCCCUGUGUGCUCUCUCUUAUCUCUUUCAGUCAAUACGCUCUCUUUACUUCCCUCUCAGUGGCCAUGCUUUAUGCCUGAUGUGACAAACUGUGGCUGAGUUUAACUUUUAGGAAAACAGAAAAAAAACAGAAAUAAAAACUGUAAAGGCAAGAAAAGUUUAAGGUAAAAUAUAUGUUUCUGUUGGACAGAGGGGAUCCUUGGCACGUAGCAAAAAUGGUGAAGAGCUACAUGCAGCAGCACAACCUCCCUCAGAGGGAGGUGGUGGAGUCCACAGGACUAAACCAGUCCCAUCUCUCCCAGCACCUCAACAAAGGCACGCCCAUGAAGAACCAAAAGAGAGCCGCCCUGUACACCUGGUAUGUCAAGAAGCAGGGCGAGAUCAGCCAGCGUGAGUAUACAAGCAGCUGAGGAGCGUUUCUGCUGGACCGUGACGCGCAAAGAGAAAACUUAAAAAACACACAUUUACCUUUUCAGAGUUCACCAACGCCAAACAUGGGCUCACAGCCGCAGAGGAACAGGGAGAGGAAAACAGGAAAGGACGGAGGAACAGGUUCAAGUGGGGUCCGGCGUCCCUGCAAAUCCUCUUCCACGCCUACGAGCGACAGAAGAACCCCAGCAAGGAGGAGAGAGAGGGGUUAGUGGAGGAGUGCAACAGGUGAGACACAGACACACAGACUUUAACUUAUUACCCUAAUAUAGCUGUUUGAUUUCUAUUAAUAUCAUUCAAAAUGCAAUAACAGUUCAUGCACAAUCCCAGAGAUGCAGCUCUUGCAGGUGCAGAUACUAACUCCUGAUGACUUUGAUGAUCUUCUGACAAAAUGAUUCAUAAACCUGACUUUUCCAUCCAGGGCCGAGUGUCUGCAGAGGGGGGUGUCUCCCUCACAGCUGGCUGGACUGGGCUCCAAUCUCGUCACCGAAGUGAGGGUAUACAACUGGUUUGCGAACCGCCGCAAAGAGGAGGCCUUCAGACACAAACUGGCCCUCGACACGCCUUAUGGAAGCCAAUCUGCCUCCUCCUCCUCUCACGCCAACCUGCCACCAAGUCCAGAGCAUGGUAAAAGUCUUACUGCUGAGAUAAAACUGACCCUGGAUCUUUAUACUGGUCUUUGUAAAAACGCAGACUUAAACAGACAUGACCUCACUAGUUCUGGCCUCGAUAUAGUGUAUGUCUUUAUUCUCCAGGUGUUAAGUACAGCCAGCAGAUCCUGUGUGACACCAUGAGCUCAGGCCGAGGCGGUGGAGGAGAGAGAGUGGGACGUCUCGUGGUCAGCCCCGUCCAACUGGAGCCGAGCCACACACUCCUCGAGACGCACAAACAGGUGAGACGAGCAUGUACAGCAACACAAUACAACACUUGUUCAUACGACCUCAGUUCAGUAACAGAUUCUGGUAGUUUUCAAAAUAUUCAAACACAAUAUUUGAUUAACAACAUCACAAAAUUUUAUCAUCUUAUAAAAUGCAAGAAGCAACAAAAAGCUGAAAGAGUUGAGCACUAACAUCUGAAGGAGCAUCUUUAAACUUUUAACACAUUAGUCACAUGAUGAGGUAGAAAAAGGGCACUGCAGACCAUGAGGGUCUGAGUUUUAAGUAUCUAAUUUAAAAUAUAUUAGUAGAGUUUUUGAUUGACCGUUACAUUUGCAGGUUAUAUAAUAUUUUAGUUAAAAUUGUGGUUAAAUAAAAAUAGUUCAUCAACAAAUGAAGGUUACAGGGAUUGUCCUGAAAAAGUAGAAUUUAAAUGGAGUUAAAAUUGACAAAGUAUAAGAGUAUAUUUGCACCAAUACAGAAAAAAACACUGUUAUCCUUAAUUAGAGUUCACAUUGAACAUUAUAACACAGGUUUACUAGAUGAUGACAUCUAGAUGAUAACCUUUUUUCAGGAAGAGCUUGUAUAAUAGGGCUGGGCGAUAUGGCCUCAAAUCAAUAUCAGGAUAUAUUGAUCAGUUCACCUCGAUAACGAUAAAUGGACGAUAACUACUCCACAAGCUGCUCACCCCCUCCCACAUUAACUUCGUCUACUUCAGCCGCUACAACUAUUGACUCGUCCUCCAUCUCCUCACCUGUCUUUCCCUCUUUGUUACGGACUGGAUGGGGUGGAGUCACGUCUCUGACGUAGGACAGCGUCUUAAAGCGACAUGAGACCAUAGCCUACCUACACACAUCCAAAAACAAACUUUGAUUUAUUUAUUUUUUCAACACCGAAUAUACCGAUACGGGCAAAAUGACGUUGGUUAUUGUUGUAAAUUUUGGUACCAGUAAAUUUUUGGUUUACUGCCCAGCCCUAUUAUAUAAUAUAGCAAAGAGUUACCAAACUACAUCUACAACAACAGUAUGGCUCAGUAGUAGAAGAGUCCUGCAGCUGGACCUGUCUUUAGUUCUGACACGUCCCCCUGUCUCCUGGUUUCGUAAAUGUUUACAGAGUGUUGUUGACAAAAGAAUUGAUGCAACUCAACUGUAAACACGCCCCGGUCCCAAAAUCUGAUUUUUAGUGUCCAGCUAUCUUUAUUUACUGCUGACAUCCUGAGUAUGAUGUCCUGUGAUUUAAGGUGUCCGGCAGUGGACCGCUGCCCCCCGUCAGCACCCUGACCUCCCUGCACAGCCUGUCUGCCUCCCCCGCCUCCUCACAGAGCCUCAUCAUGGCGUCCCUGCCAAGCGUCAUGAGCCUGGGGGAGUCCUCGCUCCUCAUCGGUAACUUGACUCAUUAUUUUCCUGUUUUUCUUAAAAUCAAAUAUCAACGAAAUCACCUUUACUGACUGAUUGACAGGUUUGGCCUCAGCGCAGCCUCAAACGGUGCCUGUUAUCAACAACGUCGGUGCCGGUUUCACCACCCUACAGCCCAUUUCAUUCCAGCAGCAGCUCCACGGCUCGCCUCAGCAGCCGUUAUCACAGCAGCUCCACAGUCACAUGGGGGCCAGUCCAUUCAUGGCAACAAUGGCCCAGCUGCCGUGUCACAGUAAGACUUCAGAAACAUAAUGACAUGAGUUUCAUUCAACUAUGAAGAUUAAUUACUGUAUGUCGUCGUAGUGUACAACAAGUCGGACUCGCCCCAGUACCAUCCAUCCAGCCUGCUGUCUCAGGCCAUGGUCAUCACUGACAGCAGCAGCCUCGGGACGCUGACCAGCCUCACUGCUGUCCGACAGGUAACUCGACCUCUGUGGUUUGUUGAUCUGUAUGAAACAUUUUUACUUAUUCUGGCACAGUAACAACAAAAACAACAGUCCCUUAUGUUUCUCUCUGGCAGAUAUUAACAGCAGACCCGGAGGAACAGAGCGACCCGCCCUUACAAGAAGACUCUCUGCACCUGCAACCGCACACACCUGUGCCAGGUAGAUCGACAAACAGUUGUAGUUACACACUGAUAAUUCUACAUGUUGAAUAAAUAAUAAAGCACUUUUGAUUAGGGGUGUCCCAAUGCGAUAUUGACAUCGGAUAUCGGUCUGAUAUCAGCCAAAUAACAAAAAUCGGAUUAUAUCGGCCUGCAUCUAAAAUCUCAGAUAUCAGCAGUCCAUUCCAGACUCCGCUCCGGCACCUCUAUCUAGCAGCGCCCAGAUUCAGCAUGCAGAGCCCACAUAAUCACUACAACAGUGUGUACUAAGGUACUAACAAAGUAGCAAGGAGAAAGAGUGAUUUUAGCCUUGUGGCGGUAUUUUUGUUUACUUCCAAAAAGAUGUUGCAGCUGAGUGCAAAACUUGUCAUGCACAAGUUUGUGUGAUAUCCAAUAUUAAAGGCUACAAUAUCGGUAUUGUACCGAAAGUAAAAAAGUUGUAUUUGGACACCCCUACUUUUGAUAGAGCUGUAUCACCUUUGACUUGGCGAUAAUUCUGUCACCCCUCUUCUUAAUUUUAAUACCAAGUUAGGCAGUUUCUGUCAAUAGAUGUCUUGGCUGCAGUUUCAAAUAUACUCAGUAAAAGCAGAAUUAAUCCAGCUCUGGUCAAGAACAUAUUUCCCCCUUUUGUGCAUUUUUGCAUUAUUCUUACAGUAAAGUAAAUUAAUUGCACGACACAUUAUAAUAAUAAUACAAACCAAAAUGCAGUAUUUGAGCUGUCUAUAUAAUACUUUUCUGUUUUCUUGAACACAGCUUCCUCUGAGAGCCUCGAGCUGUAUCCCACUUCUCAGUCCACAGAGAGUCAUCAGUCUCACCUGCUCUCACCUUCACCUACAGAAAUCUCAUAUAUCCCUUCACAAAUGGUGUCUACGGCGCAGUAAGACGGCUCUGUCUGUCAGCACAGCUCCUCCUCUUUAUUAUCAGCUGGAGUGUGACUGUGUUCGGGACGGUCAGCUACCUCCGGGUGUAAACCUCCAGAAAAACUUGGAGAGGAGGACUCAGCUUUGAUGAGUCAAAGACCCUCUGAGACCACUGUAAUACGAACAAGGAUCAACAUGAGAGAAGAUUCGCUUUGAGAAAACAAUCAUCGGAAAAUCAAAACCAAACAUAUUUUCUUACGAUGUUCUGUAAUGUUUAGAAAUUGUAAACCGAGUUGAAACUUGUACACGUGUUAUCUUUAUUUUUUAUGUCACUUCCUUGAAAUGUUUUUCACAUUCAAAAUGUGUAUAUUUCAAAAAGACUAUUUCAAAAAUA